CAUUUUUCGUCGUUAGCGAGCGAGCGAGCGAGAGAGAGAGAGAGAGAGAGAGAGAGAGAGAGAGAGAGAGAGGUUCCAGCUUUGAAGGCUUUCAAGCUCGGAGAUGGUAACACUUCAAAAAUGGCUUAUUCGAGAAGAUUCCUUUAUCCAUUCGGACAAACUCUCACUCUAAUAACCUCUUCUAGUACAUGUUCUUCUCAGCCCAGACAAUUCUUCUAUGUCAAAUUGAAACCUCUAAAGAGGUUAUUAAAGGGUUUUGAACCCGCACUUUGUAGCCGAUUCUCUGAAUUUCGGUGUAAAUCAAUCGGUCGAACGACAUAUUUUCGGAAUACUUAUUUCUCAGGAAGUACAACUAGAAUUGGAUGCAUUCUUGCUGUGUCUGCUGUGUUUGGAUCAAUCAUCUUUCGGCCUCAUGUUUCAUAUGCUAUGGAUGGACUUGACAUUUUGGGGCAUGAUGACAUAGAACCGUGGCAUGCUUCAGAUGAAGAAGAAAAUCCACAUGCCCUCUGGAAAUUUGCAAAGAAAUUCUGGCUGCCUGUUUUUUUCUUUCUCACUGUGUUGUCACACUUGGAUGAUCCUGUUACAAUAAUUGCACUCAAAGUUAUUCUUUUCCUCCUUAGCACGAAGCCUAGUCCUUUCUCGGUCUAUGUUUUUGUUAAUGAGUUUUGUCAUCAGUUGAUGCGCCAAGAGCCUCACUUGUACAACAUAAAGUCACUAUAUGCGCACAAAGUCGAAGUUCAAGACUACAAGCUUCUCUGCCUUGCAAGAGUGGAAGUAAAAGAUCAGGAGUUUACUUUAGUUGGAAUUCUUGGUGGUUGGUGGGCUUUGCCUAGGCUAAGUGAAGGACCAUUUUCUCUUCUCAGACUUAAAGCUGUUAGGCAACCUUAAGGAACUAUAAAACCACAACAGUUUGGAUUCAGCUCUGCUUUCUUUUACUGUACAUUCAAGGUCAUUAAAUUCAGCUUCUGAGGAAACAUCCCAUUUGACUUCCAAAAGAAAAAACACCAUGGAAAUGCUUUUAAGCUCCAUUGUAUUAGUUACUAAAAAUAAAAACAUCUUCAGACCUUUAUUUGCACAUAAAACAAUCACUACACUGAUUUGUUUUUACAUAAAGUUCUAUUAUGGAGGAGAAAAUGAUCUGUUUCUGGAUUGAAAUCAUAGGAUGGUCCAGAGAACAUCCCACUUCCCAUCCCACUGAGGAGUACGAGGAUUAUUGGGAGAGAACAGACAAUCAUCAUAAAAGAAAGGAUUCUUGUUUAGUUAUUUUCUUGGAGGAUUUUGAUCUGUUUCUGAAUUUUCCUGGUGACUUGCUUCUCCACCGAUUGCUUGCUUCUUCCAAGCUCAAGGGGUUGUUGGCUCAAGUGGGUAGUGGGACUUGAAGUUCACUUGGCUGCUAAAGCUGCCAUGAGCCUCCAUAAUGUUAUGUAAAUUAGGCUACAUGGCAUAUUUACA